AUGCCCAAGAAAGCAAUUCUAUUAAAAUCCUUGACUAGAGGUCGAAUUCGUGCCUCUUUCAACAAAUAUAACCUAUUUAAUCUUUACAAAAAGGGUCAGAUAGAUUUCAAAACCAAGACGUUAUAUCAACAGAAGUGGCUGGCGAAGCAGGAAACGAGAGCGUAUCAUGGGGAAUUUCUGACAGAAGGUAGAUGGAAUGCCAUUUUUGAUUCAAAAUUGGAUUCUGUGGCUCAAUUGGAUGCAUCAUUACGUGGAGAUCAAGAGAAGAUAAAGGAGACACCGUACCUUCUACAAACCUUUGCCGCCCUUGAGAAGAGAUUAGACUUUGCAUUAUUCCGUGCCAUGUUUGCAUCAUCUGUAAGACAGGCGAGACAGUUUAUCCUACAUGGUAAUGUAACGGUCAAUAAUAUUAGAAUACGUCACCCAGGUUACAUACUGAAACCUGGUGAUAUUUUCCAUGUAAAACCUGACAAAGUGUUAGAAGCAUUAGGUGCGAAAAAACCAAGUCUCAAUGAAGCCAUAAAAGUGGAUAAGACACAGAUUACUUUAUGGAAUAGAUAUGUGAAGAAAGUUAAGACUUCACCAAGAAGAGUCUGGGAAGAUAAAAUGGCUAAAUAUAGAAGUCUUCCAGAUUCUAGUAUUAAAAAACAAUCCUUCUUAACUAUGAUCAAAGAUUUCAAUCGCAAUCUGGAUAAGAAACUACAUGAUGAGUUACGAGAAUGCACCCCCAUAAACCUACUAACAGAGAUUUUGACAGUCGUUAAGGAUACUCCAAAUGAUAACUACAUUUUAUCUGCAGAUGAUUUCAAAACUGUUGUAGAUCGAAACGUGGGGUUAUCUUCAAAAGCUUUCGCAUGCUAUAGCGAUUUGGCCAAGUCAAACGUCAUAUCAAGACCUUUACUUCAAGAUCAAGAUAUGAAUAAGCUAGCAAAGAGUUUGAUGUCAUUUACUCCUGAAUUGAAACAGUUGUCCGAUGGUGCUAAGAUCUCAAUUAGGUUGGGCAUAAAAAAGCUUUCUGAGUUAUCAAAAGAAUAUUCUGAAUCUAUUAGAAACCAUUACGAAAAUACAAAAAUUGAUACAAAUUCUCACAACAUUCCCUUCCAUGAAGAUUGGCAUAAAAAUCUUAGGUACCACGACAAAGUUGAUUUCGAGAAGAUAAAGGAAAAUGAAAAAGUUGCGGAAACUUCAAUAAAAUUACCAUGGCAGAACCAUGCAUAUGGCCGCCAGUUACCAACAAAGCCAUAUUUUACCCCCUGGAAACCAAGACAAUUUUUAGCUCCAUUUGCAAUUCUACCACAUCAUAUUGAAGUAUCAUUCAAAACUUGUCAUGGAAUUUACCUCAGAGAUCCCGUAGCAAGACCUGGCCAUUCCGAUGUCAUUUCACCGUUUGGUUCCAAUAUUCAUGAGCGUGCCUACAUGUUUUACGUUAAGAGAGGCAAAUAA